AAAGGCCGCGUAGAGUGGAGCUGCUGCCGGAGAUGCCUAACGGUGUGUUCUGAGGAGCGGCCAGCGGCGCGAUGGAGCGGGCCAGGGACCGUUUACACCUGAGACGGACCACAGAACAGCACGUACCAGAGGUAGAAGUCCAAGUCAAACGGAGAAGAACAGCCUCACUGAGCAACCAGGAGUGUCACCUGUAUCCAAGGCGAUCUCAGCAGCAGCAGCAAGUACCUGUGGUGGAUUUCCAGGCGGAACUGAGACAGGCAUUCUUAGCUGAGACACCAAGAGGUGGUUAAAGCAGUAUUGGAACACCCAGGCUCCAUCUACUAUUCGAAGCUUCCGCCCCAGCUUGCAUUGUUUGUAGGAGAACGUGCGUCAUACCUUUAUCUGUAGCCUUCCCUUAGGUCUUAAGGAUCCUGAAACUUUCCUG